AUGAGCCAUCCGAAAAGAUCAUUGAUCCAUGUCAUCCGUAAAUUGAGCUGGGUCGACUACUAUACUGUUUGCCUGUGCUGGGACUUGCAGGCAAUGAGAUAUGUGGCAAUUAAAAUUUUCAAGUCGGCACCGGACUUGGCCAAGACGAUAAGGGACGAAAUAAAGAUACUCAAGACGGUGCGCGAGACCGAUCCAUCGAAUCCAAGACGUCGCAAAACCGUCCAGAUGCUGGACGACUUCAAGAUCACCGGCCUUAAUGGCACCCAUAUUUGUAUUGUGUUCGAGAUGCUGGGUGACAAUCUCCUGAAACUCAUACGGAAGUCCCAAUUACGCGGUAUUCCACUGGCCAACGUCAAAGCUAUUACCCGCCAGGUGCUGGAGGGUCUUGACUAUGACUAUGUCUUCCUGUGCGUGGACGAGCCUCAUGUGCGCUCACGCUCCGUGGAGAAUACAUCUUCGGCUACGAAUGGACCGCAUUCGAAUCUAACCCUGCCAACACUUCCUCCGCCGCCGCCAGCAAAGCACAAGGCUAAACAGGAUCCGGCGUUAGAGAAAUGCAAUGUCAACGUAAAGAUCGCCGAUCUGUGCAAAUCUUGUUGGGUUAAUAAUAACUUGACUGAGGACAUUCAAACUCGCCAAUAUCGGUCACUAGAAGUUAUUAUCGGUGCGGGCUAUAACACCUCUGCGGAUAUGUGGAGCACUGCAUGCAUGGUAUUCGAACUGGCCACCGGUGAGUAUCUUUUUGAGCCACACUCCGGCGAAUCGUACACCCGCGACGAGGACCAAUUGGCCCACAUCAUCGAGCUGCUGGGUCCAAUACCGCGGUACAUUUUGUUAAACGGCACCUAUGCGGCGAAGUCGUUUACCCGUUCCUGCGAGCUACGAAAUAUGUCGGUCCUUAAGCCCUGGGGCCUAAUGGACGUUCUUCUGGAGAAGUACGAGUGGUCGCAAAACGAUGCGGCGUCAUUCGCUUCGUUCCUUAAGCCCAUGCUCGAGCUCGAUCCGAACAAGCGUGCCACCGCUGCGGAGUGUCUGCAGCACCCGUGGCUUAGAUAAGAUACGAUGCAACCUGGUUGUUGGCUGCGUGCCACCCUUUUACUUCAGCAACCACCAAAGCAUCAGCAGCCAGCCAGCAUUACAGCAGUCUCCGUGAUCCAGUUAACUCAAUUAAAUUGAAAUUAUAAUAUUGUAUUACCGCCUACACGAACAAGUCCCCACGAAACCUGUACAUAGGCUCGACAGUUCUCGAUACCAUUAUUCAUUUUUAUUUAAAGCGACGCAUAAGAGUGCGAUGGUAGAGCAUGAGCAAGUGCCGCAUAGAAACCAUAUAUGUGUUAGUGUACAUUUACCCGAGAUGCGAAUCGGCAAAUCUACAUUUAUAAGAGUACGUAGUUAAAUGAAAUGGAGUCGAUCCAUCGAUGGGUGUCUCACACGCGCCAUCGUCGAUUCGAUGGAAUAGGGUAGUAGGGCAGCGCGUCUGAAUUUUUAUAAGCAUAUGUAUAUGUACAUGGAUGCAGAAACUUGAGCUGAACAUAACAAUAAUGAGCACGUAGUUAAUUAGUUUAUCCUCGGCUUAGUGAUCGACAUGAUCAAUUUGAAAUGGCAUUAGUAACUCUUAAACACGUAACCUGAAAUAGAAAAGCGAAUGCUUUUCUAUAACGUAAC